AUGGACCUAGAAGAUCUCUUUCACUUGGAGCUCGCGGCGCUAGGCCGCACUACCAGCAAGAAAUCUCCACUGAAACCCGAGGAGGAAUUGGCAGAGGAUCCUAUGCCAGAGAACGAGCCACUGACAAAACCUUUGCCAGAGUGGCCCCUUGAGAAGGAGUACUUCCGUCAGCCUAGUAAACAGACGCCCCGUCCGUCCUACUACACCUACGAAUUACCAGAGGGGCUUCCUGCCGACGGAGCCGCCUCACCCAAUCGGCUUCUGCACGAAGAAGGUCAAUCCAGCAUUGUGCAAUUUCUGGAGAGCAUUGAAAAUAGCCCCAAGACGCUGAAGAAGGAGAUCUAUGCCCGACGCAAUGAAGAAGAACCCUCAGAUGGUUGGCGAAUCUUAGCCUUUGUGCCCUUUUUUAGGGCACAUUCUUAG